GGCUGACUGGUGCCAGCUGGAUAGCUGGAUAAUCCCCCAGCUUGCAGGUGUCAAGAACAAACAUCUGCUCCAUCUGCUCUGUGCCCCGCCUUCAAAUCGAUCAACCCCUCCAAAUUCCAUUUCCAUGACGAUAAACGAACAUCUCAUCGACUGACACUCGAGAUGCUUAGACGACACGCGUUCCUUUGCACAUUUGUUACUUUUGGGAAGAGAAAUCUGCAUCAGAAAUGCAUAUGAGAGAAAAUAAACAAUACUCAUUGCUCGGAUAAAUCAAGAACGAACGACAGAACCACAGAACGACAGAACGACAGAACAUACAGACAUGGCGGCGCAACUACCACCAACCCAUGUCGCCGCCUCAUUCCCACUCCCACAUGUCCUCGCCCACGCCGCAAUCGCGCCAACUCUUCUCGCCCAAGGCGCCGAAGGCCGCCUCUACAAGACGAACCAUCUGCACCCCUCCCGCCCCGCGGCUCUCAAGUACCGGCCCUCCAAGCCAUACCGUCACCCAAUCCUAGACGCCCGCCUCACCCGCGCCCGCAUCCUCGCCGAAGCCCGCAUCCUCUACCGAUGCCGCCGCGAAGCCGUCCCCGUGCCGCUCGUCUUUGCCCUCGACGAAGCCGCCGGUUGGCUCCUGCUCGAAUGGAUCUCCGGGGACCCCGUCCGCGUCGCCAUCAACACCUGGCUCGCCCAGAAGCACCCCACCGCUUCGUCACGGCCACGAGCCGCAGUGGCCCAAAAGGUGGCGUCCCUGGGGAGCAGGAUAUCGGAGGAGCAGGAAGACGACGAUAGUACACAUCAGCAGAAGCAGCAGCAGCAGGGAGACGUACCGAAGCAUCAGGUCCGGGAGAACACGAACCAGGACGACAAGGGAACGACUGGGAAGUGGAGCGACGAAGAAACCGAAAACGGAGGCGAGGCCCGACGGAGGAUACGGGAAGACGCCCCUCUGAAGGCCCUCAUGAGGAACGUCGGCACCGUCGUUGGCAAGCUCCACAGGGCCGGCAUCGUGCACGGUGACCUGACGACGAGCAACAUGAUGCUACGGCCGCCGCCCACUGCGGAUUCUGGAAUCGAGACAGCCGAAACAGCCACCGACUCGGGCGCCAAGGCAUCGCUGGACGGCGACAUUGUCCUCAUUGACUUCGGUCUUUCCUCCCAGAGUUCGUCCGAUGAGGACCGCGCCGUCGACUUGUACGUCCUGGAGCGUGCCUUCGGAAGUACACACCCCCGCGCCGAAGUGCUCUUCCCCGAGGUACUAGAGGGUUACCGGGGAGCUUUACCGGCGAAACAGGCCACCUCGGUGCUACGGAAGCUGGAGGACGUGCGGAUGAGAGGGCGCAAGAGGAGUAUGGUCGGGUGAACCUGUCGUUAUGGGCGGGAACCGCCUCAAGCGUCUUUUGGUAGAAACAGCGCAGCAACAUAGACGGACAAGAGAACUUGAUCUUCCAGCCGUUUCUACGUAGUUGCUGCGGUUUUUGUCGUCGCAUUGAUUUAUCACUCACGUACCUGGGCGAGGCGGCUUGACCUCAACUUGUAGUCUUUCCCUCCUAGCAUUGCAAAUUUGUUGUAACUUUACGCAGGCAAAGCUGGGUAAAAUGCGACACGCAGUAACGCG